AUGAGUGGGGACGGGCUGUCCGCCGCUGCUGCGGUGUCAGACGUGCGAGACGACGAGAGAGACCCCGGGGGUGAGGUCAAGGGCGAGGAUUCAGACACGACGCAAAGGAGAGAAGGCCCUUCUGUUGAGGAGCUGGCGGAAGUUUUGCACUCAGCGCCACACUCCUGUCGACACGCAGACGAAGUAUGGCCCAACCUGUAUCUGGGGGACAUGUAUAUAUCGCACGACAGGUUUGGGCUUUGGCAACUGGGAAUCACUCACGUGUUGAACGCAGCUCACGGGAAACUGUGCUGUAAAGGCAGUGACGACUACUAUGGCACCACUGUGGCAUACUACGGUGUCCCAGCCAGCGACCUGCCAACGUUUGACCUCUCACCUUUCUUCUACCCUGCUGCUCAAUUCAUUGACCAGGCUUUGGCGUCAGGAGGCAAGGUGUUGGUGCACUGUGCUGUGGGUGUCAGUCGAUCAGCUGCGGUGGUCCUAGCGUACCUGAUGAUUCAUCACCACCUCAGCCUCCUGGCGUCUGUGCGCGUCGUACUUCAGAGCCGCUGGAUCUUCCCGAACAGAGGCUUCCUGCGGCAGCUUAUUGACCUGGACCAAAAACUACAGAGAGAGAGGAGCUCUGAUUAA